AUGAAAGUAGAUAAAUAACUUUGCUUAUCAGGGGAAGUAACUUCUACCUGAGUUAGUUGGUUUUUUUUCAGAAAAUUGCAAAUCGAAAGUAGACUUUUAUUAUCAUAACAUUUCGUUUGUGAUGGAACGAAGUUACAGUAUGCAUAUUUUUGUUUUACUCGUCUGCAUAUACUCUUUAUUUCAAUCGGUUCAUGUCGAUUCUUACAAAUGCGAUGAAGGAGAAAAAUGUCCCGAAAACUUGCCUUACUGCACACCAGUUGGCUGCGUUUACAGAUGUCCCGACCACGUGUUUAUCAAUGGCACAAGUUGUGUUCGGGACUGUGGCGAUCAGUAUGUAUACAACAGAACAUGUGUACCUAGUUGUCCAAAAGAAGCAUCGCUUGUUGAAGAGAAGAUCGAUUUUAUAAAUUCUAAGUUUAAGAAAUUCAAAUUUUGUCGAAUCCAAUGCUUAAACAAUACCUUUACGUACAAUAACACGUGUAUAAUUGCGUGUCCUAAGGCGUUUAAAUAUGUAGAGGAUCGAAAGUGUGUCAGUAACUGUACUUUAAAUACUUUUCAUCAGAAGAUUUAUGAUGUCAACGGAAUCCUUGUUGGAAUUCAAUGCAACAAAAGUUGUUAUAACUUUUCCAGUAAUCCGUUUCAGCUCUCGAAUGAAUGUGUAUCCAAAUGCAAAGAAGACCAAGUUGUCUUUGGCGGCGUAUGCCUUGAACAAUGUCCUAAAGAGAAGCAGUUAGUGUUAAAUUUAGAUAUGUGUAUAAAAAUGGGGAAGUGUUUACGGAAUUGGCCUGAGCAGAAAUAUUGCUCAGAAGGAUGUCCUAAGAAUUAUUUCGUUCAUAAUUCAAGUUGUUUAUCAAGAUGCCCAGAUACAGCAAAGUACUCUCAAGAUGGCCAAUGUGUGACAACUUGUCCAGAACAUAAAAUGUUUAAAUACUUAAAUAAUAGUCUAGAUGUGACUCAGUGUUUUGAAGCUUGUCCGUACCCUUUGUUUGCAUACAAUUACACUUGUACUCAUGACUGUCCAACAGGAUUUAAAUCUUUAAAGAGGAUGUGCAUACCCGAAUGUCCGAGGGGAACAUUUGUUGAAAUAUCAUUCACUAACGACCAAGAAUGUGUAUCAGAGUGUAGCAAGAAGUACAUCAGUGGUAAUGUAUGUGUAGAUUCCUGUCCGAACGAUUCUAAAUAUAUCGCUGAUUCUCACUGUUUAUCCGAAUGUCCAAAAUCACAUCCUUAUACUCAUAGAAACUCUAAAAAGUGUUUGAUAUCAUGUCCAGAUGAUAUAAAGACAUACAUAUCGAAACAGGAGUGUGUUACUACAUGUCCAAAAGGCACAAAUCUUUACGAAAAAUCAUGUUUAGAUGAAUGCCCUAAAAACACAUUGAAGAAAAUGGGGGUGAAUUCUGGAGAAGCUAUUUGUGUUGAUGUGUGUGACAAAUUCAAGAACAAUGGGACAUGCGUUGAUUCCUGCCCAGAGUUUUCACUAAAUGAUACCUGUGUCGACAAAUGCCCAAGUGCUCAUAUGAUAGUUUACGGAACGUCUUGCUAUACAGCAUGUCCAGAUAGAACUUGUCUUAUGGAUAACCGCUUGAAUUGCUCUGACAGCUGUAUUUUGGACACGGAUAGCGGACAAUUAGUGUACAAGUGCCCAAAAAGUGCCCCGUACUUUCGGACCAACAAUUCGGAAAACCACUGUGUUUCAUCAUGCGAGGAGAAUGAAGUCCUUGAGGACACGAAGUGCAUUAAUGUAACCGAUUGCAAAAGACCUGUCUUGUCGGAUGGUAAAUGUGCAGACCAAUGUCCUGAAGGUUUUUUAUAUCUACCGAGUGGAACAGAGGACGCCACCAUAAGCAUCUACGGAUAUGAAUACACUCUUGAUAGUAUCAAGAAUAAUCCAUGUAUAGGAAAAACUAAUGCUUAUACUACUGUUAUAAUGUUGGGACUUUUUACUGCCGUGUACUAUAUAUUUGCUGCAAUUUUUCUGUUCUCCUCUCAAGUCAAGGAAACUCAGUGUUGGUCGGAAUAUAACAAAGAUCAAAAUGAAGAGCUGGACAAUAGAACUGUGUAUGCAAAUUUGGUUCAAGAUGAAGAUACAGCAGGGAAGAGCUUGCAACAUGAAGAUCGUAUAAAUGAAGAUCGUCUUAUUGAAGAUCGUCUAACUGAAGUGUGCCUAAAUAAUGAACGUCCUAAUGAAGAUCGACGAAUUGAAAAUCAAGUAAACGAAGCGUGUCUAGAUGAUGAUCAUCUAAAUGAUGUACCUAUGUUGAGUUUAGCUGUAGAAAAUAAUGACAAAACAUUUGAACAUGUCUGCAUGGUAGAUAUUCAUAGAGGUAACGACGACUGUGAUGAUGUGCCAUUGCUAGAUACUAAAUGAUAUUAAAAAGUACAGUUUGUUUAUCCCACCAACCCAAAAAAUAUACAUAAAUGUGAAUAUUCAGAAUUCGGGAAAACAUUUAAAAUGUUUGCCGCAUGAGUAACAAAAUAAUAUUUAUGGAGUACGGCUCCUUUCAUGCUCUAGGUUAGGCACACGCCUCUACUCACGCUCUAGGUUAGGCACACGCCUCCAGUCAAGCUCUUGGUUAGGCACACGCCUUCACAUACGCUCUAGAUUAGGCACACGCCUUCACUCAUGCUCUAGGUUAGGCACUCCCCUCCACAAACGCUCUAGGUUAGACACACGCCUCCACAAAUUCUCUACGUUAGGCACUCGCCUCUACGAACGCUCUAGGUGAUAAAACUUAUAAAAUAUGCAACUUGAUCAUGUUACAACAUGUACCAAAUUGAAAUUGCAUGUAUUUCAAACUAUCAAUAGGAUACCCUUAUAACUGUAUUAUCAAAUUGUUAAACUGAAAUCAAUUUCAAUUUUUAUGUCAUUUCUAGACCUUAUAUCUACUUGAAACGUAUUUGUUUUUAAUCUUAAUCGCUGUUUAGAUGAAGGAGGGAAAAUAAUCCGUUUCAUGAUGAAACGGUCCAUUUCAACGCUGAAUUCGCUUACUGGGAAACACCGCCACAACUACAAUUCAAACACAAUUAAAACAACUUAACUUUUUCUAGAAACGUAAAUCAAAACUACAUGGUAUAACAUGCACCGAAGAUAUCUGAUGUAGAGUUAACAAAAUAUAGACAUGCACUAGCUCGGAAGUAGCGAUAUACCGAUUUACCGUAUACCUCCGAAAGAGGAAACUCUAUCACUUACCAGACAUGUUAAUGCUCACACUUCUGUUUCAGUGUUAGAAAUGAAGAUAUUGUUUAUAUUGUAACAUUCGAAACUUAUUUGUUUUUACAAUGAUACAUAUUAAAUAAAUUAUAAAAUUAAAAAGAUGCUUUUAAAUAUGUAUCAUGCUUUACUACCAUAGUGUAUCUAAUCGCAUCGUGCUAUAAGCACAAGUGAUGACAGAUUGGCUAUGUGAUGACAGAGAUCUAAAUUUCUAGAUAUUUGGAUUGCGUGACCCUUAGUGGUCUAAGCAUAAACUCAUUUAUUUCAAAUUUGAAAUAUUAUGAACCCAAAAAAAUCAAUAUUAAUUGGUGAAAACUUUCCAUUCCAUAAGUGAAAGAAAAAAAGAACUUUUUUUAAUUGCAAUGCGGCAGGCUUUGAUUAAACGCGAACAUACUGAAGAAGUGAUGCUUGAUAAAGGUCACUCCGUCGAUGUUGCCAAAAACAAUGUAAGAAAAGAUACAGUGAUCUUCGAACUGACAGGCCUCCAGUAACUGGCGCGUACAAGACGUCGUUCCGUGCGAUGUCAAACACGAGACAACAUUUUGGGGCAAACUGUAUUAAUGCCAAAAUCAAAUGACGUUAAAAAACAUGAUUUUUAAAUCAUAUAUACAGUCCAUUUGAAUCCAUGCACUAUUAAAAUUUACACCCUUUCACGUUUAUUCGGUGCACACGUUUCUGGAGAAUUUUUUUUUAAAUAUGUCGUUUGAAGGCAAAUUAACAAAGCUAAAACAAUGAACUUCAGAUGAAAACAAAUUUGACUAUUAAUCAUAAACUCCAUGCGAUUUCAUUUUGUGUACGAGUAUAUAUCAUGAUGUGGAAAAAGGAAAGGGACAUAAUUUUGGCAAAAUGAUAAAAUCGAUAACCCACCACACUUGCUGCAACAGCGCACUUGGUAACAAUACGUCUGUGAAUGUUUGAUUAAACGUCAUCAAGAAAUGUACGCGUUGCAACCGAACAUUUGUUUACGCAGAGCCGCUGUCGCCCUCCCAACGACAUUUACCAAUCAUAACCACUCUACUUUCUUUUAAAAAAUCAUGUUAAACAAGAGCAUGCCACAGGCAAUGCAGCAGUCCCCUACCGGAAUAUCGUUCCCUAAAUUCAACAAUAACAGACAUACAUAUGAAAAAACAGUGACACGUACUUACCAGAAGUAGGAUCAACCUAGCGUUUGUACUUGUCAAGUUUUCAUGGCAGAAUUUUAGCCUUUUUCGGAUAGAAGGAAUGACAGACGGACGAACAGAUAAAAAAAUAUGUGCCUUAUUUCCAAAACAUCUUUUUUCCACAUACAAAUUAUCAUUAACCUAGCUUUUAUACUUUUUCAUUAAUGACAAUCAAGAUGUCUUUGGACUGACAGAGACAAACG